AAUCCAUUCCAACCGCAGCAUAGCGACCGAGCUUGACUACGGGGGUGAACCGCACACAGCCACUUAAAGGAAAAGACAACAUUUGGAAACAAAUGAGAAAGAAACGCGCUACUUUUCAAAGAAAUUGCCGAAAUGCACCGGAGGUGAUAGGAAUGCAUCGACAAAACGAGAAGAUACGGAAUACGUUUGUGCGGAAUAACUAACUGUUUGUGUUGCCCAUACAACGAGCUUUUGGGCUAACAGGCUAGCACAGUUGUCGCUAAAACAUGGUGGGCAGACACUGAGCGAAAAAACCCCUCUAUACUCGCUCAAAUAUUCGUGGAUAAUACUGGGAAAUUAACUCGGUUGCUAGUUUUCUGUUCGGAGGGAAUUUUGUGGACUUUAAAAUUGCCCAUCUGACUUCUUUUCUUGGAGGAAAACUCUCGCGCACGACCUUUGAAAGUUUUUUGACGUUUCGCGCAAGUUAACCAUCCAUCAAGCUCCGCGAGAAAAGAUGAUUGACCGAUUGAUGUAGUACGUGCUUGACUGAGAAUGCACAAAAAACGAGGAGUUUCUUACCAUAAAAGCGCAACUCCUGCGGCAAAGUUAGUCGAUUCAGAGCAUCACACCCUCAUCCAUUCAUUUAACAUCAUUUGCGUGUGAAAACAAUGCUCAAUAUAGGCUGCACAAACUGAACUGGAAUAUUGGAACACGUGUCAUGGAUCAUAUGGAAUAAAACUCUGUCAGUGGUUAAUUAAUGGCACUUUCCUUAUGCGUUGGGUUUAACUUCUUUGGACUAGUCCACGCAAAGCAACACAUGGUUUGCUUUCAAAUCAAUUUAGAAGACUUACAGAGAAAAUUACAUGGAGACUAGUUGGUCAUGCCAAGGAAGGAGUUACCAUUGCCAGAGGGUUGGGAAGAGGCCCGAGAUUUUGACGGGAAGGUCUAUUAUAUAGACCAUAUUAAUCAAACCACCAGCUGGAUUGACCCAAGGGAUAGGCAGACUAAGCCUCUGACUUUUGCGGACUGUAUUGGAGAUGAGCUGCCUGUGGGAUGGGAGGAGGCCUACGACCCCCACGUUGGAGCCUAUUAUGUCGACCACAAUACCAAGAGCACUCAGUUGGAGGAUCCGCGUGCUCAGUGGCAGAGGGAGCAGGAGCUCAUGUUGCGGGAUUAUCUGAGCGUGGUUCAGGAAGCGUUGAGCGCCCAAAAGGAGAUCUACCAGGUCAAAGAACAGCGACUUCGCCUGGCCCAACAGGAAUAUCGGCAGCUAAAUGAUGCUUGGAGGGACAAGUCGUCUUCGCAGACCAGCUUAAAUUCCAGAUCCUCAUCAAGCAGUAAAUAUGACCCUGAAAUCCUCAAAGCGGAGAUUGUUACAGCAAAAAGCCGGGUAAAUAAGCUGAAGAGAGAUUUGGCCUUUAUGAGGCAAGAACUACUUUAUAAGGAGCAAGGCUUUGAGACAUUGAAAGAAAUUGAUCACAAAGUGUCCAGUGCCUCGCAUGGCUACAAACUGCAUGAAGCCCAGGCCAUCCUGAAGGAGGUAAAGACCAUUAAAGAUGCCAUCAGCUCUGGGGAAAAGGAGAAACAGGAGCUCAUGCGGAAACUGGCUGUACUGAAGGAUGAUUUCCAGUUAGAUUAUGGCUCUCAGUCUGACCUGUGGGCCAGCAAUCCGUCCCUGGCCAACUCAAACCUCUCUCUGCCCCGUCUCUACUCAGAUGCCGAGUCUCAAACAGACAUACCUGCUGAGUUUGUAUCAAGCUCAAAUAAACUGGCUGAGAAGGUACGACUGAGUCUGAAAUAUGAGGAGGCAAAAAGAAGGAUUGCAAAUAUUGAGGUCCAGAUUGCUAAACUGGAUAGCGAGGCAUGGCCGGGCCUUCUGGACCCAGAGAGAGAUCGCUUAAUCCUCAUCAACGAGAAGGAAGAGCUGCUAAAGGAACUGCAGUAUGUAAAGCCAUGCAAGCGCGCACCCAGCGAGGCAGAGAAGAUUGAAUCUGAAAAGAAACGACUCGAGAAGGACCUGCAAGCUGCACGGGACAACCAGAGCAAAGCACUGACCGAGAGGCUAAGGCUGCACUAUAGGAGAAACAAACUAGUGAAGGAGCUGGAGGAGACGGUGAGGUUGGCGUCUUCCCUGCACACCCAGCUGAAAAGUCUGUCUGCCAGCACGCUGUCAUGUUCCUCGGGCAGCAGCCGUGGAUCACUGACUUCCAGCCGAGGAUCCCUGGCCACCUCCAGCUUAGGCUCCACUUCCUCUCUCAGCUUCACCGACAUCUACCUGGAGCAGCCUGAACUGGGCGACCCUGACUUCCAGAACAAACUGGACUCUAUUUUGCAGGAGGGAAGCACCUCUGGCUACAGGCCCUCCAGCUCCAUCACCACCAUCCAUGAGAAUGAGGUCUCAUCCUCAUCCAGGCAGGUGGGCGGUGGGCCGGGGAUGGGCCAGAGAACCCAAGUGUUGCGGCUGUCAGAGACCCCUCACUCCAUGAGCUCCCUGUCCCCACGUUCCUCGCUGUCUUCCCUCUCUCCUCCUUGCUCUCCCCUCGUUACUGAUGCUUCCUUCCUGUCAGGAGAGGCCUUUUCUGGUCCGGCCUCACAGUUGGAUUUAGAUCUGCAAACCAGGCUGAUGGAGCUCCGGCUAGAUGAGGACCAGCAGCAGGGGCAGCUGGCCUACCGUGACAACAAACAAGACAACAUUAUGGCCGCAGUAGAGUCUUCGAAAGAUGCUGUUACGCAAAUGAGGGUGCCCGGGCCUGGAUCGAAGAAGGCGGGAGUAACGUCGGCAGUGUCUGACGAAUCGGUUGCAGGUGACAGUGGGGUAUACGAGCCCUCAGAGAAAAGGCCUGGGCUUCCUGUCGAGCAGCUGCUGGGUUAUGAUGACGGGAGCUCAGCAAGCAGCGCUCAGAUCAAACUCGGCCUGAAGUAUGAAGCGAAAGAGAAGAAGUUCACAGUGUUCGUAAUGCAGCUCUCCAACUAUAGCGCGCUCUCCCUGCCAGCCAACCAGAACAUAUAUGUUCGUGUGGUGGUGCUGCCGUGCUCAGAGCCCGUUCGGUGUCUGUUCCGCACCCACGGCGCUCUACCGCAGGAACACUUAGAGCUCAAAGAAGCUUUUAGCUUGCAGAUGUCCUCCACUGCUCUCAGACAGAAGACCCUACGCAUUGAUGUCUGUACCACCAGCAAAUCUGGCCGAGAGGACUGCCUAGCUGGUGCUCAGAUCAGUUUGGCUGAUGAGGAGUAUUCAGAGGAGUGGUGCUCCAAGUGGUACAACCUCCUCAACUGCACGUACAUGCCAGAAAUGGAUAGAAAGCACAAGGAAACAGAGGUCUCCGCUCAGCAGGAGCUGACUUCAGCUCCCAGCACCUCAGAGACCACCACUGCACACCUGGAGAACGUUCCUCUGGAGGACUGGCCCACAGAGGCUUUAGAGGGUGACGUGUUUAUGGAUGGAGAAUGCAGUGACGUUGAAGAGGACGAGGAGUUCUACCCCGAUGAGUGCCAGUGGGAACAGGAGGAAGAGCCAGUUAAACCUGGACCAACAACAGUCAUAACGGAAAAGGUGAAUAAGGAGACAAGUAUGGAUGGACUCCCCCAUUCUGCUUCUGUAGUUCGGCCUAAGGAGCGACGACAUGAUGUUCAUCAGCAAAACCCUUUUAUGCGAGGAAACACCAUCAUCCGGUCCAAGACAUUUUCCCCUGGACCUCAAAGCCAGUAUAUCUGCAGGAUCAACCGCAGCGACAGUGACAGCUCCACCCUUUCUAAGAAAUCUCCAUUCGUCCGGAACGCUUCUGAGAGACGCAGUGUUCGAAUGAAGAAGCCACCCAUGCAGGUCAAAGGUCUGGACGGGCUUCUGCGCACUUCUCUGGAUCUGGAGCUAGACUUGCAGGUCACUCGCACACGGCACAGCCGAUUGAAUGAGGAACUGCGUGUGCUGCGGGAGCUAAAGGAGCAGUUGGAGAACGCCCGACAGCAGGGCCAGCACGUCCUCCCCACAUGGGUACAGGAGGAUGAGCGCUUUCGUCUGCUGCUCAAACAUGCAGAGAGACAGACCCAGGAAGAGCAGCUACAAGAACAGAGGGUAGAGAAGAUGAUGCGAGCAGCAGCCAAGGAUGUGCACAAGAUCCGUGGGCAGAGCCUCAAGGAGGUCCCUGGGGUCCAGUCCUUUAGAGAAAAGAUGGCCUUCUUCACCAGAGCGAAGAUAAACGUUCCUGACCUACCAGCCGACGACGUGUAGAAGAUAUCCUUCUUAACUGCUUCUGUUUCCAUGGAGACAAAACUGACAUCUUGUGGUAUUAUGAAGAAUGAAGAAUGGUGUGACAGGAAAAUGUAUGUUGGGCAGGAAAAAUGUCAUUUUAAAACACUGGGUUUUAACUCUCAAAACUGAAAUUGUAUAGAUCCGUGUUUUUUUUGUUUUUUUUUUGUUUUUUUUUGUUUUUUUUUAGAUAGAUUUAUUUUUUAAAUUUCACCAUGUUCUGUUACUAAUAAGAGUAUGUCAGUAUCUGUUCUAGGUAUUUUAGUGGUCAUUCAAAAACAACAGUGCGUCUUUGAAAUGAGUGUGAAACUUGCUGCUCUGCUAUCGGGCAGGACUGCUUACUGUAACUCUUGAAGAUGUGAAUACAGAUACUUAUGGUACUACUUCUGUUCAUAGCACAAGGGUUCAGGACUCGACCUUUAUGACAAAAUGAACGGGCAUAAAUCCUGCUAUUCCAGUCACGUCCCUCUAGAAACAAGCACAUCUGUCCACAUUUAUGUUCGACAGUCUCAAGAUUUUUGCAAAUGUGUAAAUGGUUACAGAUGUUAGGAAGCAUGAAACUAAAGCAUGAUGAGUUAACUAGACCGGUUAGUAGACUAAAUCAAUUGCUAACAGCUCUCUGUGUUCGUUUUGUUAAUUGCACAUGCAAACAAGACACGUUAGUGCAAAUGUUCGUAAAAUGAUGUAGAAACUGCACUUAGUUCCACAGACUCUCAGGUAGAAUAUCAGAUAGUUCAUGCACUUUAAUAGGAAAAGGCAUUGAAAUAGAGAAUAAAGCAAAAAAGCACAUUGUGAACGCAAAGAUCGUACUAUCCCAUUAAAGUGAAACCCUGUUUCCCAGCUCUUGUUGCAUCUUUGGAAACUUUAAAGUGUCUUUUUGGGUUUUAUUUACUUUCCAUGCUGGUUUCUACAGUGGCCUGUAUUUCAUUUCUACUGAUAUGGACCUCUUCUAAUCUAAAAAUACCCCUCACAUCCUUCAACAGGUUAGCUUUGUAUGUGACUAAUAAGCUUCAAAACAAAAACGUUAGCAUCAUUUUAUUUACGUCCAACCCAAAUAUAUUUUUAUUGCUACCUACAAGUAGAGGAGCCUUUAGAGUGUUGAAUCUCACAAAAAUGUAUCACAUUUCACACCAUAAACAAAUGAAGAUAAUGAGUUCUAUUUUGCAUAAGAUUUACAUAAAACCAUUAAAAUUACUUAUAAUGUGGGAUUAAUUUGAUGACAGUUAAGUGCAUUUUCCCCCAAAUUCUCAAGACUGUAAUGUAACCUCCUGGACUUAUUCCAGUUUCUCAAAGAAGAAACUCUGUGAAUCUUCUCAUCAGAUUUUGAAAGUUUUCUUGGCCUUCCAGUCCUUUUCCAUUCCAUUUAGGUUUAAAGGUGCAGUGUGUAAAUUUUAGCGGCAUCUAGCGGUGAGGAAGCAACGGCGUUCACCCGUCCCUUUCGAAGCACAUAGAGAAGCUACGGUGGCCGUCUGGCCGACACAAGACAGAUGUCGUCUUCUGAGACAGCAGAGAGUAGCCAGUCAAGCAAUGAAGCUUCUUCUUACUUCUAACAAAGAACGUUCUCUGCUUCUAAUAAACCAGACAACUACUACAACUACUUCUUCGUGGGUAUUCAGUGUAGUGACGAUGCAAGCUGCCUUUAAAACAUGAAUGAUUUAGAAGAAGAACAACAUAGUGAUGAAACACGCUCUGUAGAGCAGUUUGUCUGUUUAGGGCUACUGUAGAAACAUGCUGGUGCAAAAUGGCGACUUAACAUGUAAGGGGACUCGCGGUGUAUGUACAUAGAAAUGGCUCAUUCUAAGGUAAUAAAAACAUAAAGGUUCAUUAUAUAAGGUCUUUAUACACCACUGAAAACAUAGUUAUGUAUAUUAUAUUGCAUUUCUGUCAAUAGAUCCUCCCAAAUUUUACACAUUGCACCUUUAAGAGAGUCAGGUUCCUGCUCAAGUAUAAGGGGAGGUCACUAAGUACUUGCCACUUUAACCUAUAGAAGCUGUUUUUUCCUGAUUUUUAUAUAUAUAUAUAAAUCAUUACUUUAAAAAAUGAUCAAAUUUGAUUUUUUAACUCCUUUUGUAGUGAGACAGAAAACUUGUUUAUUUCUGCAUUACAGUUCACUAGAUUUGGGGAGAAUUGUCAUGAAAAUCCAGUCAAAAUCCAAAAAAAAAAAACUGUAAUUUCUUAUUUUAUUUAUUUAUUAUUAUUAUUAUUAUUAUUAUUAUUAUUAUUUACAAAAAUAUGACCCACACGUUUAUGAAAAAUACUAUUGAAAUCUGGAACUGUAUCUUUACCGAGGCAAAGAAACGGCAACACAUCUAGGGCACUGAAAGCUGUGAAGGCACACAGUUGAUAAUUCCCAGCUCUCCCUGUAAACACUUAAUAAUGUAUCGCACGCCACUGCAGAGAUCCGUUUGGAGACUCCUCAUACGGAUGGAGUCAUUGGUGAUUUGCGUUAUGUAAAUGAGCGCUCCCUCUAUGCUAAUCUAAUAUUAAUUUUCACUAAACUCUUCAUAUACAUGCAAAAUAUUCAGUUAAAUCUUUUUUUUUUUUUUAAGUAUCUUGAUGGUAUAUGACUAUGAAUGUUACUACCGUGUCAUUAAAAUCCCUUUUCAACGCAACGAUAGCUUUGCAUCACAGGCCAAGAUGUAGCACUUUAAAAAAAAAAAAAAAAAAGAAAAGAAAAGAAAAGAAAAAAAAAAGAAGCCCCAAUUCAUGCGACCCUUUAUUUGAUGCUGAUUUACGUUAUUUUAUUUAUUAUUUUUAUUUUUACAUAAUUUUGUCUUAAUUUAACCAGUUAUGGAUGGCAUUACCAGCCCAAUUUCGUUGAUUUUGCUCACAUUUAAAAUGUUACGUGAAAUUCUACAGUUGUGCUUUCGACGUUUGUUUUGUAUUCGCUCGGUUUCCCUCCUGGAACGCCUCAUAUUAACUAUGUACAAUUGUGUUCUUAAUUAGAUUCAUCCUGUACUUCAUUAUGCCUUUGUUCCUCAAGGAAGCAUUGAAUGUACUUUCAUUUGCUCAAACCCAGAUAAUGUCGUUUAAAUUGUAGUAGCAAUGUCAUAACACGUAUAGAUACCACAAUGUCCGAAACUAGUGUGGAAUCUGGUACGGAUGAUUCAGUACCCAUCAUCUGCAAUGCACAUGUGCAUGUGGCCUAGUCUCUUGCUCCACCUAGUGGCGUACAGACAGAACUGAACUUGUAUUUCCUUGUAGGAUUCAUUCUGAAACCGUAAUUUCUUCUCCAUUGUAAUUUCACCUAAAAAAUUUUAGGAGAUGGAGUUUGCAUUACAGCGCACUGUAAACAACAUUAAAGACCCAACUGAAAUGCUGUCCCAAAGCUUUUAGCCACAUAUCUUAUUCAAAUAGAAGCAUCAUAUAGCUUUCACCUUAAAGCCAUUGUACUCGUUUGUUUUGUCUUCUGCAGCACAUUUUCUUGUAGAUCCUGUAGUUUAACCUAGUUUAUUAGAGUACAACCUUUCCUUUGUCUUUGUUUCAGCUUUUUUUUAAAUGUUAUUAUUUUUGCUGUUUAGAUCCAGUUAAGACAGUACACUGCCAAACGUAUAUAUCCCAGCUCAGUUUAAGCUGCUGCGUGAUGUAUAUUUCUCAUAUUGGCAUUUUUCAUUAAGGUACUUUUUUAUUAUUAUUUUUACCAGAGCUUUUCAGAUUUACAGUUUUUACCAAUUUACGGUUAUUUAAAUGUGAGGGAAACAGUAUAUCCCCUUUAAAUGUGUACUGUUUACCUGGAAACACUACAGCUGAGCUUAUUCUGAGAGUAGUCGAACAAGAGAGAAUGUCUUAUGUUUUCACUGGUCGUACAGUAUGCUUACCAUUCACAGUAUGUGUUGGAGAGAGAAUUGUCUUGAUUGAUUAGGUGCUCUUCAACUAUCAAAUCUGAGGUUCAUAAGGACAUAAUAUUUGGCUUUUUUAUUUGGAUGCUUGGUCCAGUCAUGCCUAAAUCAUGUAAUACUUGCUUAAAAUAAUCAAAAGGAAAAAAAAAAAAAACUGUCAGUAUCUGAUGCUGGUAGUCAUGAAUGAUUCAUUUGUUUAUUGUUCACAGUAGGACUUUUAUUCUGAAAACUCCAGUGCAUUUUUUUUUUCUUGUAUUAAUGAUGGAAAAAAAAGCCCUGAUCUGAUCACAGUGAUGGUUGGAGAAGUACAGCUUGUAUUUAUUGCACUUUUGUGAUUUGGGUGUGCUCUCUUUCUUUUUCUUGUGAGACUUUUGAAAGCUGUGAAUUUUAUCAUCGACACUGUACUGUCAACCAGAAUUGUAAAUAUAUCACCAGCACAAGAGUAUGUUUUGUAGUUUCACAACAAAUAUAAAAAGUUCCUUUCUUCUAA